CGCGUAAACGGGAGCUGGUAGACGCUCGCGGACCACCGGCCAGUCAGCUGUCAGGCUCAGUUCGGCUGCAGACCGGCGCCCUGCCCGCCCAGCGCUGCUCCACCGGCACCGGCACCGACCGCCGUUAACCCGGCUCAUAAAGCGGCGCACACCUGGGCUCAGCGGCACCUGACUGGUUUUUACUGCGGAGUUUAUCACCGUGGAGGAAAAAUAAAAAAAGAAAGAAAGAAGGAAAAAAAAAAGAGUAAAGUUUCUUUUUAUUGUCGCGGUGUUAAAUAAAAGCGCCGGAGCUUCAGAUUCAGUCUCCGAGGAGAGGACGGACCAGCGAGCUGCCCGAACCUCCUCAGAACCUCCUCAGAACCUCUUCAGAACCUCCUCAGCAUCUGUGUCUCUCAUCUGACCUGCUCCAGUGAGAUUCACCUGUGAGAGGGAGGCAUGAAGGCGUCAGGCUCCCUGUGGAUCCUCUGGGUUCUGCUGGUGCCCAGGGCGGCAGCAGACGCUGAGUCAGUUUCAGAGCCGUCAGUCAGGCCUGGACAGAAGGUGACGGAGGGACAGGCGGAGAGCAGGGGUCAGUACAAAUGUGUUGACUGGUCCAACAAAGACCACCAGGAGAACAGAACCGGUACGUUCUGUGGACGUGUGUGGGACGGCUGGCUGUGCUGGGACGAGACACCAGCCGGGACGUCUGUAACACAGAACUGUCCGGACCAGCCUGACCUGGGCCCGCCGGAAAAAGUGACCAAAUAUUGUGACGAAUUGGGCCACUGGGUCCAGACUGGCUCCACUUGUCAACGGGCUUUGAAGAACAAAUCAGAGAAGGAAAUCCUCCUGUUUUUACGGGACGCUGCAGCAGAGCUCACAGCAGAGCCUGCAGAGAGAGGAGGCGCGAUGGAAAUCAUCCUGGAGAAUGAAAAGAAGUGCUCAGAGAAGAUGAAGCAAGAUCCUCCUCACAAUAAAUCAGGUCUGUUCUGCAGUCGUAGCUGGGACGGCUGGCUGUGUUGGGACGACACUCCAGCAGGAAGCUACGCCUCCCAGAACUGCCCUGAUUACUUCACUGACUUUGACCCCUCAGAAAAGGCGACUAAGUACUGUGGAGAAGAUGGUCGCUGGUUUCACCAUCCAGAGGCCGACAGGAUUUGGACCAACUACACACUCUGUGCCAGCGGCCAUGAGAAGAGGCUGAGGAAAAUGAAAAUGCUGGAGAAUGAAUACAAGUGCCUCCUGAAAAUAAAUCGAGAUCCACCUUUUAACAAAUCAGGUCUGUUCUGCAGUCGUAGCUGGGACGGCUGGCUGUGUUGGGACGACACUCCAGCAGGAAGCUACGCCUCCCAGAACUGCCCUGAUUACUUUUCCAACUUCGACCCGACAGAAAAGGCGACUAAGUACUGUGGAGACGAUGGCCAGUGGUUUCGCCACCCGGAGAGCAGCAGGACUUGGACCAAUUACACACUGUGUGCUGUCAGCAAGGAGAAGUGGAAGGCAGCCGCCCAGUUCUCAGGGGACACUGAGGUGGACGAGGCCACAGUCGGUCCGGUGAUCAACCCCGAGGAGCAGGAGAUCGGGAACAAGAAGAUCCUCGACAACCAGUACAAAUGCUUUGAGAAGAUGAAUCGAGAUGCCCCGUACAACAAAUCAGGGCUGCACUGCAGUCGGAACUGGGACGGCUGGCUGUGCUGGGAGGACACUCCGGCCGGGACGUACACCUCUCAGAACUGCCCAAAUUAUUUCCCUGACUUCGACCCCACAGAAAAGGCAACUAAGUACUGUGGGGAGGACGGGCAGUGGUUCCGCCACCCAGACACCAACAGGACUUGGUCCAACUACACACUCUGCAAUGAAAACACGAAUGCAAAGCUGAAGUCAGCGUACAUCCUCUUCUACAUGGCCAUAGUGGGUCAUGCUUUAUCCAUCGCCUCCCUGCUCAUCUCUCUGGCCAUCUUCUUCUACUUCAGGAGUCUGAGCUGCCAGAGGAUCACCCUGCACAAGAACCUCUUCUGCUCCUACGUGCUCAAUUCAGCCCUCACCAUCAUCUACCUCGUCGGAGUGGUCAAUAAUCCUGAAGUGGUGAGCAGAAACCCGGUCGGCUGUAAGGUGCUGCACUUCUUCCACAUGUACAUGCUGGGCUGCAAUUACUUCUGGAUGCUGUGUGAAGGCAUCUACCUGCACACGCUCAUCGUGGUGGCCGUGUUUGCAGAGGAGCAGCACCUGCACUGGUACUACCUCCUGGGCUGGGGCUUUCCUCUGGUGCCUGCAUCCAUCCACGCCGUGGCAAGGAAAAAGUAUUUUGACGACAACUGUUGGAUGAGUGUGGAAACCCAUCUGCUCUACGCGGUCCAUGGUCCUAUAGUGGCAGCGCUCCUCGUGAACCUCUUCUUCUUACUGAAUAUUAUACGAGUGCUGGUGACCAAGCUGAGAGACACACACCGUGCAGAGUCCAACAUGUACAUGAAGGCGGUGAGAGCCACCCUCAUCCUGGUGCCCCUGCUCGGAAUCCAGUUCGUCAUCUUCCCCUGGAGGCCGGAGAACCGGCUGGCCGGGGAGGUCUACGAGUACAUCAUGCACAUACUCAUGCACUACCAGGGAUUACUGGUGGCAACAAUAUUCUGCUUCUUCAACGGAGAGGUGCAGGCGGCUCUGAAGAGACAGUGGAUGCAGUAUAAAACCCAGUGGGGUCAGAGAAGGAAGGACCACUGCUCCAUGCGCUCCACGUCCUACACAGCCACCUCCAUCACCGAGGUGCCCGCCUUCAUGUACCACCACGACUGUAACAGCGAACACUUGAACGGGCGCCACACGGAGGACUCUGAACUGGUGGCACUAAAGUCAGGAGAGGCGUACGCAUGAGGAGGAAGAGUGGAGCGCUGGAAACAGAUGAAGAGGAGCAACACUGCAGCAGAGAUGUACAGCAAGAACUACUCAGUGAUCAAAUCUCAGAGGCUGGUGUGUUCAGCCCAGAACGACAAUACGGGUCUGGAAACAGAGAGCUUGGACUAGCUUCAAGAUGCUGACAUUUUACUUUACAUUGCUGUUGCGACUGCUUUUCAAAAAAAAAACAAAACGCUGAUGUCAAGAACUUGUGGCACGAGACGAGAGCUGCUUUUUUUGGCGUGUGUCACUUCCUACAGCUGCUAAACCACGACUACGAGGCUUCUGAGAGAAAAGACUGACUGUGAUGACAGCUGAUUUUUCUUGUGAGGAGGCGAUGCUGCUGAAUGUGAUGAUGAUGAUGAUGAUGAUGAUGAUGAUGAUGAUGAUGAUGAUGAUGAUGAUGAUGAUGAUGAUCUACACGAGGUCGAGGUGUUGUUGAUGAGGAUUUUUAAGGUGAAGUGGAAGAACCAAUCCUUCCUAACCUCACCUAUACCAAAGGGUACUGUAUGUUGGUCACAGCUAUGAAGGGGUGUCCACACACACACACACACACACACACACACACACACACACACACACACACACACACACACACACACACACACACCUGAUCUUAUGUGCCAUGAUGGGUCAGAUUUCACGAGGCCCUCUGUGUUUGAAGCUCUGGAAUUGUGUACAUAAUAUAUGUUCACCAUUUUCCAUUUUCAAGAAAGUGUUUCAAAGGAUUUUAUUUAGUUUUUUCUAUUAAUAUUUUAUUCUUGCCGAUUCCUGAGUACGUGUCAAGUGUGUGUCCUGUGAUGCUGCACUCCUGACGGCUUUGUAUUUCUGCAGUUGCUGUAUUUGUGCUGAGGCGGAACAUCACAGGACGAGAAGCAAAAACAAGAAGCUCAAUGCACAAAAGAAUAUAUAAAUAAAAAAAUAACUUUAUUUUGAGGUUGAACAGCCUGUGUGUGUGUGUGUGUGUGUGUGUGUGUGUGUGUGUGUGUGUGUGUGUGUGUGUGUGUGUGUGUGUGUAUGUGUAUGUGUGUAUCACUGUCUAGUUUAAUUCUUGAUCAUCCUUCAUCACGAUGCCUUUAAUCCAUAACUUUGUCCUCUGUGUGUAUUUAUUCCUGAGUUUUGUAGCAUUUUGUAUGACUGAGCAUCAGGCUGGCCGACGAUGAGGCGAUGAGAGAGUCACUUCCACACCAGUCUCUGUCUUAAAGGCAUGUUGACGUCACAGACAGCAGAGGAACUCAUGCUGCUGCUGUCAUGUUACUGAUGCUUCAUCAAAGCUCUGCCAUUAAGUAUUUAUUCAUUAUUUUUUUAAGUCAGAGAGUUGAUGACAUUUAGGUUUGAAUCCAAACAGAAGACCACGCUGAGUUUGUUUGUGUGCUUUUGUUUAAACAUCGUAUAUGGAAGUUACUCAGAAGCCCAACGCUCCUCUAAAGUGCGUCUCUGAUAACAGCCGUCUCAUUCAGCCAGAGAAUGAAACACAACAUAUUAUCCAGUAAAGCUUCCAGGAGCUCAGACUGCUGCCAUCUGUCUGUUCAGGAGCCAGUCGUUCAGAGAACUGAGGGGACCCGGAGGAGCACCUGUACAGAAAAGUCUGGAGAUAUUCUGUAUCCUUAAAUCUCAUAAAAAACAGAACCAACAGUGCAUUAGUCCAUCGCUGUGCACCGGCUCACACAGCGUCAGGCACCAGUCGUUAAAAACCAUUGUAGCUUCACUUUUAAACAUGUCGAGUCGUUUUCUGAAGAAACAAAGAAGCUGAAUGAAAUGUUACUCAAACAGGAAUAAACACUGUUUGUCUGGGACUAUUUUCAUCUGCGCAUUGAUACACGUUGCAUGCUUUAGUGAGUGGCAGCAGGAUGAGGUCAUCACAUGUCGGCAGGUGUGACAGUGUGACUCCUUCACACUGUCACACCUGCGAACAUCUGGUCUCAGCCUCUGAAGUGAACGGCUGCGUCAGCUGUUUAUCAGCAACAUGUCUGAUAUAAUGGAGACUUUCUAACACAGGCGUUAGUGUUAGCAGUGAUGAGGUUCAUGAUCUGCUGUUUGUUUCCUGGCAAGUUCAUGAUGAGAAUAACAAAACAUUCAGAGAGGCAAAGUCAUCUCCUGGCAAUGAGGAAAAGUAUUGAUUGUGGAUUUGAAAAAAAAAAAGAAAAAAAAGAAAAAACCACCAGACACUCUGAUGUAAAAAGAGUUGAAUAGAGCCGCGGGGCACGGAGGAACAACAUUUAUCAUACUGACGCAACAUUCGUUAGGACUAUUAAUUCAUUGUUGGUUCAUGUUAUGUAGAAUAUCUCCAGACUAUAAUCAUAUGUUGUGUCUACGUGUGUGUUGUCACUGGUUGGAUGUUCAUGUCAGUGUGAUGAUUUUGUCAUGGUCAGCUGGAGUGAGUGGACCAGAGGGUUGUAAUGACUCGAUGCUCACAUGGACCUGCAGAGUGAACAGAGAACCAGAUCUGCACAUUAGGUCUGAAGCUUAGACGCUGAUCUUUAUAGGGCCAUGAAAAGAGUCUCCAUUGUAGUGACUUUGGUGGCUUAUGAAUUACUAUGAAUAUAUAGUGAAGCAUAAAUAACUCAUGUGAUUGCAGACACAUUGAGAGGAAGUGCUUUCUGCCACAGCAACAGAACCAGGAGAGCUGGACGCUACAGAUAAUGUUUGUAAUGGCGUUUUGUCUGGAAAGAAAUGUGAACGCUCUCCACUGCGAGCUAAUAACAGUAAAUUGGUCCAAUUACAAAAUCGAGUCUUGUCAGGGAAGCGAUCCGAGUCAGAACGCAGCUCUGUGGCCACGAUUAGCUGCGUAAGUGAGAAAGCCGAGCCGGUGAAUGAAGCGAGCGUUGGGACCGGCUGCAGAGCUGCUUCUCACUGACUUACUGCUGCUGGCAGGUUUACUGAAGGAACAGAACGUGACAAUCAAUACAGGCGAUUACAUCAUCAUCAUCCCAGAAGCUUUUAUGCUACACAUGUUCUUGAUUUUGAAUGUUUAUUUGAGUGUGUGUUCAGCUUCCUCUCUACAGUGGUGUGUGCUGGAUGUGACGCACGCUGCAGGACGUGUUAUUAACCGUUCUGGUUUGAGGAAGACAGAUUCUGUAUAUCUUGUACGUUCAUGUAAAUAUGAGCUGACACUGUGUAUAUUAUAGAUUUUUGCACUGUGAAAUACUCUGACAGCUAUUUUUGUUACCGUCCUGUCGUUCAUUUCUGCUUGUGUUCGUCUCUUCUCUCCUCCUCAGCUCAGACUGGAAUCAUCUCAAAGCUGUUUAAAGAAAAGAAAAAAAACCCUGCAUUUUGUAAAAGCCAAAAUUGAUUAGUGUUUUUUUUUUUUUUUUAAAGAAAAAAUCUUUUAGCACAAGA